AUAAACAUAAACUAAGCAAGUGUGUAUAGCCGUACACCCCAAAGUCCAACUCUUAUGGGGUUUCCAGGACAAAGUCAAACUAAGCAAGGCCAUGGAAGUUGAAACAGGAGACUUCCCUGUUGGAUCAUCAUCUAUAGUCUUCGGUUCAACUGAGCGUUAAGCUCUGAGUUCUAAAAUGUCUACUUCAGGGAAUGAAGAUUAUAAUCAGAGGAAUACUCCGGUCAUGGAAGAUUCUUCUUCAAUGACGAUCGAAUUUCUUCGGGCACGGUUAUUGUCUGAAAGAUCAAUCUCACGAGCAGCAAGACAGAGAGCUGAUGAACUGACCAAGAGGGUUGCACAGCUGGAGAAACAGCUUAAGACUGUCAUUCUUCAAAGAAAGAAAGCUGAGAAGGCCACAGAAAAUGUCCUCGCUAUUUUAGAGAACCAUGGUAGCAUCGGUGAUGAUGCUUCAGAUGAUUUCGACUCCGGUUCCGAUCAGGGUACUGAUUUUCCCCUUUGUAAUGAUGAGUGCAAGGAUGAUGAGUAUUCAAUGGACAUAAAUAUGGAGGUCCGAGAUAUUAAUGGGGAGACCAACUCAAACUCUGAGGUUGAAUCCUCUCCACAUAUUGGUAGAAACUUGUCUUGGAGAAGUGGCAGAGAAUCUCUGCAUUCUUUGACUCAGAGGAAAUACAUGAGCUCUUCUAGAAGGUCAUGUAGUUUUGCAUCAAGUGCUUCUUCAUCCAAGCUUGUUGGUAAAUCAUGUCGGCGGAUAAGGCAUGGCAAAACAAUAUCAGCUGUUGAAGAGACGUAUGGUGACUCUACUGCGCAAACUGCUAAGUAUGAUUCGGGAACCACACACACCCAGGAUCUUAACGGAUUAACAGACUUUGGUAUUGAGUCACCAAGAGGUGGCAUUCAACGCUGUGCUGAAAAUGGUGAAUUGGAAUUUCCUUCUUUUCAGGUACUUAAAAGUCAAACUCAAGCAGAUAAUAGCAGCAGUUUAAACCGCCACAUACAUGUGGGUGACAAAGCCAUGCAAAAAGCUAUACAACACCAAGCAGAACUUAUAGGUCAGUAUGAGGCUGAGGAGAGAGCACAGAGAGAGUGGGAAGAAAAAUACAGAGAAGAUUCCAGCUUUAUGCUGGAUUCUUCACGUGACCUGGGAAGCCAUUCAGACAUGACAGAAGAAAGAGAUGACAUGAGAGCAGCAUGUCAUAAUCAGCCACCAUCAUCUCCUAAGAACAUAGAACAUGAGAUGGUAGGUAGUAGACACUCAAAUGAAGCUCAAGAUGAUCAUUCUCCAUCCCGUAGUAGACACUCAAAUGAAGCUCAAGAUGAUUUUUCUCCAUCCCCACCACCACCUGUCAAAAUGAACUGCAACAAAACAAAUGCUUCCGGGUCAUCGUCACCGGAGUUCGCUUUCCCUUCUAUGUUAAAGGUAGACAACUCGUUAGAACAACACGCUUCAUCCUCUUCUAAUUCACGAAAUCCUGACAACAUUUCCGAAGGAAAAUAUGAGCUUGCUUUGGUUUCAAACGAGGCAAACAGAAAUGUCAAGAACGUCCUUGGGGCACUUGAACAAGCUAAACUUUCACUGAGAGGAAAUCUCAGCAGUAGCUUCCAACAGGUACAAGGCGACAGUCUUUUUAGAUUACCAACAGACUUACGCUGGAAUCCAACAACUUCACCGAGAAUAAUCUACUCUUCUCCUCCACUAUUCAGAGUGGCCAAACGUACCCCUGCUGAAGCUUCUUCUGAUGUGUUCUACCGCAGCAAUUUCAUGGAGACUAGAAAUGCAGAAGCAUGGAGGCCACCAAUGUUCAAUCCAUUUUCCAAUAUACCCUCGUUCACAGGAUUAUUGCCAAAAUUAUCCUCUCCUAGUGGGUUCUCACCCACCAUUCCUUCGACACGCUUCUCACCUCCAGAUUAUCUUAUCAGACCACAUACGUAUAGGUAGUACUGAUCUCGCCUUCUCUUUUCCAUUCCAGUUAUGGCUAUUCAUUAGAACUGUAUGAGCUCACAUAUGUAUUUGUAUAUUAGUAUGUAUUUAUAUAUUAAUCACUAACACAUACAUGUACAUGCAUGUAUUUAUGUGUAUGUGUGUGUAGGAAAGGCUUGGUGCCGAAUGCUUUAAUCGGUUGUACGUUGUAUUAUCAUCUUAGAUUUACUUGACAUGUAUGCUUGUAAGUUGUAACGGAUGGAUAUGCAGCCUGUAAAGAUAAUAAAAUAAUACAAGUAUUCAUAGACUUGUUAAAAAUGCACAAUAUAUUGCAUCUAAUAAGUGCCUAACUCCAC